AUGCCUUUGAAAGCAAGUUUGAAGUCUGGAAAGGGAAAGAAACUACAACCGAGAUUUGUAGGACCCUAUAAGGUUAUCCAGCGCGUGGGACAGGUAGUGUACAAGUUAGAAUUGCCACCGAAUCUAUCUCGAAUUCACAAUGUGUUCCAUGUGUCUAUGCUUAAGAAGUAUCUUCCAGACCCCUCUCACAUUUUGCAACCAGAAAGUAUUGAAAUUGAUGAGACAUUGACAUAUGAGGAGAAACCAGUGAAGCUUCUGGAUAGGAAAGUGAAGGAAUUGAGAAAUAAACAGAUACCGUUGGUGAAAGUUCUUUGGAAGAACCAUGGGCUAGAAGAAGCGACUUGGGAGGUUGAAGAAGCAAUCUGA